UGUGAAGCUCAUCAGCUGAAAUUCAAUUGGUUUAUUUACGUUUUAUUAGACGCUCUUUAAAAGCUUGCAAAAGCUUUUCACUUGUUUUGCCUUAUACGCCCUCCAAAAUGAAAAAAGCUUUCGGGCUGGAAUUUCAUUAAGAGAUCAAAAUGUAUAACGUUAGUUGAAGUUUAGAGGCAAACAGUUAAGGAACGCAGCCAGAAGCAAAAUGUUAAAAGUGCGCAAUUACCUGGCCAUAAAUCAGGCACAAAAGGUAACUGAAGCGCUGGGCUUAUAUUCGAGUACCCAACAAUGUCGCCAAAGUACUGCAGCCGCAGUAAAGGAAUCAAGCGCUGUUAGAGAUGACGUCGAGUGGCAGCAGGCACGUCCAUACGAGGAUAUACCAUACACCAAUCCCAUAGCGUUAACUUUCAACAUGGCAUUUCCCGGGGGCAAAUAUAAGAACUUGGACAUGGCUCAGCUGGUGCUGGCCAUGCGUAAGGAUUAUGGCGACAUCUUUCGUAUGCCAUCUAUUUUCGGCAGCGAUCCCAUGUUGACUACAUAUAAUCCAAAGGACUUUGAAGUCGUCUAUCGGAAUGAAGGCGUCUGGCCACAUAGACCAGGCAGCGACACAAUGAGAUACCAUCGCGAGACGUAUCGAAGGGAUUUCUUUGACGGCGUCGAAGGACUCAUUCCCACACAAGGCAAAACAUGGGGCGACUUUCGCAGCAUUGUAAAUCCUGUGCUGAUGCAGCCGAAGAAUGUGAGACUCUACUACAAAAAGAUGUCUCAGGUCAACAGCGAAUUCAUCGAACGCAUUAAGGCCAUACGUGAUCCCACUACACUCGAGGUGCCCGACAAUUUCUUAGAGAGUAUCAAUUGCUGGACCUUAGAAUCGAUUUCUGUGGUCGCAUUGGACAAGCAGCUCGGUCUACUCAAGGAAUCAAACAAUGAUGAAAACGCCAAGCUACUCUUUAAAAGCUUGGAUGAGUUCUUCACUUUAGGUAGUAUAUACGAGGUGAAGCCCUCAGUCUGGAGGUACAUACAUACGCCAAUGUUUAAGAAGCUGUUGAACGCCUACGACAACAUACAGAAGGUGACCUUGGCCUAUGUGAAUGAGGCUAUGGAACGACUGAGUGCAGAGGCUGAGCGUGGCAUAGUGCGUCCUGAAAAGGAACAAAGUGUGCUGGAGAAGUUACUCAAGAUUGAUAAGAAAGUAGCCAUGGUCAUGGCCAUGGAUAUGCUCAUGGCCGGCGUCGAUACGACUUCGAGCACGUUUACUGCGCUAAUGCUGUGCCUUGCAACCAACCCAGACAAGCAGGAGAAACUGCGCGAGGAAGUGAUGCGCGUAUUGCCCAAUAAGGACUCAGAGUUCACAGAGGAGUCUAUGAAAAAUGUGCCCUACUUGCGCGCCUGCCUCAAGGAAUCGCAGCGAUUGCUGCCCCUUGUGAUUGGACAAGGUCGUACGACCAAUCGUGACUGCGUUCUGAGUGGCUACAGGGUGCCAGCGGGCACAUUUGUCUCCAUGAUUCCCCUGAACUCCUACGUCAACGAUCAAUACUUUCCGCGAGCUUCGGAGUAUCUGCCUGAACGCUGGAUGCGCAGUGAGACGGGCGCAGAGGGCAAGUGUCCGGCGAAUCCUCUAAAGAGCACAAAUCCUUUCGUAUUCUUGCCAUUCGGCUUUGGUCCUCGCAUGUGCGUAGGCAAACGCAUCGUAGAUAUGGAACUAGAACUGGGCAUCUGCCGGAUCUUAAGAAACUUUAAAGUCGAGUUCAAUCAUUCGACAGAGAAUGCCUUCCGCUCAGUGCUCAUAAGCAAGCCAAAUAUUCCCCUCAAGUUUAAAUUUUCGGAUUUGCAAAACUAGGAGAUUAUUGAUGAGCAAACAUCGGUCCAACUAUCCUAAUCUGUUUCUGUAUCUUUGAGUAAUGGCGAGCUUACCAGGCACUGCAUUGAAGUCAACUUAAUGUACACAGAUUUGACUAGACUAGAUUAUGUAAAAAAGUGUAUUUAAUCAAAUAAGAGUCAAGGAAAGUAAUAAAAUAUUGUAUCUCUUAAAACGAAAA